AUGGCACUGUCCACAGAGCAGCUGAAGUGGAGCUGUGUACCAAGGAGCACAGGACCAGGGCCUGGCAAGGGAUGCCACAUGCUCCCACAGGUGCCUGGGAGCAGCUGUCUUACCUGGAGCCCUGAGCCAGAGCUGGGAGCCGGGAGCCUGGAACCGGGAGUCGGUAGCCGGGACUGCAGCCGAGGGCACCUCGACCUGCCGGCGAGGAGGCUGUGCUGGCUUCCCGGCUCAGGUCUGGCCCGAGACGGGACUGACAGAAUUGGGAGCCCGGUCCCAAGAGCGUGCACUUCAACCCCCGGGGCGCCGAGGACCAGAAGGGCAAGGGCCAGCAGACUGACUGCCUGGCGGCUGGGCUCGGCUGGGCUGGGCUGUGGGAGCUCACCCACUGGUCGGGGCCACCUCUUGUCAGCAGUAAGACCCCCCCGGGUCCAAGCCGGCUCGGGCGGAGAAAGCCUUAAUUGUUGGCCCCCAACAGAAUUAUUUGUGAAUGAAGCAAUGGAAAAGAAAAUGGAAAGAAUCCUGGCCUGGGAUUCCUGGCUCACUCCCAGUGUGACCUUGGCCACCUCGGGGAUCUGCACAGAGCAGCCAAUGUGUACUCAUCUGAGGCAGAAUGUUUGCACAUGCUACAAAUGGCUCCCUCCCCUCUGGGCCUCCCUCUUCCAAGAAGCCAUUCUCCAUUUGGCCCGCUGUCAGGUCCUGUCUCAGCACCCAGUGUUUCUUGGUUUACAUUUUAUAUUUACUCCUCCUUCAUUCUCCCUCAGCACUACAUAAGCUCCCUGAGGGCAGGGACUGCUUCAUUUUUGGCUCCAUCUCCUCACAGAGACUGAGGCCCAGUGCCUAGCACCUAAUGGGAGCUUAUUGAAUCAAAUGGAUGAUCAGUAGGCCCGCUCUUUCUUCUGGGUUCUGCCACUAACUCUGCUGGAUCCUUCCCCUUUCUAGGCCUUGUCUCUCCAGAUCCCCCCCCCCCAAUCCUGCUCUAUAGAACAAAGGUCCACAAAGUCCUUUCUAGCCCUGAUGGGCCAUGCUUUGAUAAAAUAUUUCCCAGCACCUGCUGUGUAGGAAGACUUUGGCUCUGGCUACAUUUGGAGGAGCCAGAGGCUGGGAGGAAAUCAGUGCAGGUUUCUCGAGCACUCCUAGUCUAGCUUAUCUAAAGGCGAAGAGACUAGGCUAGUGUUCACUUCCCACAGCCACUGAGAAGCCCAGCCCAGCAGGCCUAGUGGGGACUCGGGGAAAAUGUCCCCAUCCAUCUCUUUCCCUCAUCCCUCCUCUUUCCUCUCCUUAGUCCAGGCAACAGUCUCCCAAUCCUAGGUGUUUUCAUAAUAACAAGAAGCUGUCCCAGAUGGGCCCCACCUUUGCCUGCCUAUUCUCCAAGUAUUGACCAGCCUCAGUCCCUCUCUGAACUAGGACCUGGGAAAAGGAUCCUAAAAGAAAUGAAGGGAAGGAAAUGGGCCUCAUUCUUGGCUUCUGAAAUCACUGAGGAUUCUGUCCAAAAGCCUGCCUGUUUUCUCUCUCUCAUACUCUCUCUCUUGUCUUGCUUUCUCUCUCUGUUUUCUCUUGGUUUCUCUCUCUGGCUCUGGCUCAGUUCCUCUUUCUGCUUUACAUCACAAUAUUGCCAUCCAGAUCAGCCCCCUGUGCCCAAGCCUGGGGGAGUAGGGAGUGGCACCAGCCAUGCCAGGGAAGGCUCCUGGGUGUCUUCCCAACUCCUAACCAGGCCCCAAUUUUCCUAAGCUCACUUCACCUCUCCCUAGGCCCCCCAACCUCCCUGACCUGAACUACUCCUCAUCAUCCACACAAAGAAAAGAUGACUUUCUUCCUCUCUGUUUUUUUUCUGGGUUUGGGUACAGUGGGGUGAAUCCUAGGCUGGAAGCUUGGCUCUGUUACCCUGCUGUCACAAAUGGGGGGUAGGGCUCAGAGGUCCCUAAUGCUCCCAACUCCAGGGGAAGAUUCUGUUUUGUUGAAGGCUAUGUAUGACAUCUCAUCUCAAGAGGUGGGGAUAGAGCCUGUGGGUUGCAGUUCCAGCUUCCUCCCUCUCCCUAAGCUGGAAGGGGCCAAGAAGGCAAGCAAGAGUGAAUGAGGACCCUCUUCUCUGAUCCAGGCUCAGAACAAAAGUUCAGAAGCCCAGUUCAGAAGCUCACAGUUGCAGGAAUCCAGUCUGGACUGAAAAGGGUUUUUUCUAUCCCUGGAGGAUCAGAUGGGAAGGAAGAGAAUAAGCAUUUAUAUGGUGCCUACUGUGUGCCAGGAGGCAACUAGGUGGUAAAGUGGAGAGAG